AUGAAUGGUUACAUUCUUUUCUUAGGUUCUGGUUCCAAAGAAGGUAUACCAAAUCUUGAGCAUGUUUUUAAAAAUAUAGAUAAUAUUAAUAAAGGAAAUGAUCCAUUUUGUGAGAUAUGCCAAAAAUCAAUUAAGAUUAAGAGUAAAAAUGUACGAAAUCCUUUUUCUAUUAUAAUUAAAAGUCCCUUAAGUAAUAUAGACAAUUUUCAAAAUGAAGACCACAAUACGUUUCUUUUCGAAAUCGGUUCAAGCUUUAGAACUUCAAUGCUUCAAUACGCAAUACCUGCAAAUAUUAACAGGAUAGAUAGUAUUUUUUGUAUGAGUUCAAAUGAAUCCUCUUUUAAUGGAAUUGAUGAAACAAGGGAAGUCCAAAUAUAUGAAAGGCCAGUAAGUAACGAUGGAAUAGUAUUUUAUGAACCAAAAAUUAGAGUUCCAACAUAUUUGACAUGUUCCGCAAUAUAUGCACUUAAUGACUGGUAUAGGUAUAUAAUCAAUUACUCUUUAAAAGAUGACUUGAAGUCAAAAACUAAAAUUGGUUGUGUUCGACUUAACAUACUUGAUCCACGUAAUUCUCCAAAUGCAAUUUCAAUAGAUUCACUAUCUGCAUUUAAUGACUACUUAAAUUUGAGUAAAAACUUUGAAAUAACCGAUUCAACUGAGAAUAACUUAACUUUUAAUCCAAUUAUUAUUCAGUAUUCCAAUGAAAUAAAAAUUAUAUCGUUAUUUUUCAUUGAUUCAGAUAACAAGUUGUGUUCAGGAUAUUGUAUUGAAUACAUUCACGAUAAAAAGGUUAUUUGUAUUGUUCCAACUUAUUCUAUAAUUCCAAAAGAAACUUUAGUACUUUUAAAAGCUAUUUCGCUGAUUAAUAUACUCAUUUUUCCAAUCAUACCAAAUGAUUCUUUUUCAAUAAAUUCAGAAUCAAUUAAAGAUUCAAUUAAUUUCUGUGCAAAAAUGAUGAAUGCUGAGAAAGUUUUCUUUUAUAAUAUUAAUUGCAAUUGCUCACACGAAUUCGUCCAAAGAAUUGUUAAUGAAAAAAGCAUUGAGUUCCCUAAUAUAAAUUUUACAGUCUCUUUUGACUCCCAAUUAGUCCCAAUUAACUCAUAA